GUCAAAAUGGAAAUGUCAAAAAGACUAUCGCUUUACUGUUUGUUUUCUUGAUGUUCUGUAAUUUUGUAAUUCUGUAAUUUUGCGGUAAAAAAUUAUUUAAAUUCUGGAAAUACGAAUUCGACGACGGAAAGCGUUCAUUGGUUUCGAGUCGAUGAAAGCAUCUAACUGGAAAUCAAUCAGAUGAGCUAAUGCUGUGAACUUCUACAACCAUGGACAGUGACAAUGAUAAUGAUAAUGAGACCGAAAAUGAAGUCGAUCUUACUGGAUUCUUAUUCGGGAACAUUGAUUCCGACGGACAUCUGGUCGAUGAUAUAUUUGACAACGAAUCCAAGAAACAUCUAAGUUCACUUGCAAGAUUCGGCUUAAACUCAAUGAUAAGCGAGGUUAUACGAGAGGACGAACAUUCGAACUCAUCAACCAAUUGUGACGAUUCAUCCAAAUCGAAUCAUUCAGAUGACGAUUUUGAUAGAAAGUCCGAUAAUGCGGUUGACUAUUCGGAUAUAAAUGAAUUAGCUGAAGACUUACAAGUUUUGAUGCAAGAGGCUGUCGAAAAGUCAAGAGCAGACGAUACCAAUUACGAUGAUAUCGAGGAUUCUAUCCCUGUUAAUAAGGUAUCCAACGAUACAAAGUACUCUGACCAAAAUUCACAUCACGAUGGCAAUGCGGAUGACUUUUCUUCGUCACACAAUCCAUCCGAUGAUAAAGAUUUGAUGCCACCUCCGAGCUUGCCAUUAAAGUCACAAUUAAGUCAAGACUCCACACGAUCCGAUAGUUGUGAUGAGGACAGCAAAUCUGACACAAAACCAGCGGAGAAAAAAUUGGACACACCAUUGGCUGCAAUGCUUCCAUCAAAAUAUGCAAAUGUUGACGUCCGAGAAUUGUUUCCCGAUUUUCGACCCGAUAAAGUGUUACGCUUCUCUCGUUUGUUUGGGCCUGGUAAACCGUCAAGCCUGCCGCAAAUAUGGCGAAGUGUUCGAAAGCGGCGUCAUCGUCGGAAACAAUCGCGAGAUGGAACCGUUAGGCAUCGAGAUGGUUCGGAUUCUACUAGCGAAUCGGAUGAGAAAACCGAAAAACGAUCCAAGGGUUUCAACUUGGUGUACGGUCCGGAACCAACAAAAGAUCAGUUAACAUCUGACGAUGAGGAUAAACUGCUGCGGGAAGUGUCCGACGAUGCGAAGGAGAAAACCCCCGAAAACAACGAAUCGGGUGAUCAGAAACCAAAAAUUGCUGAUUGGCGAUUCGGACCGGCCCAGGUUUGGUACGAUAUGCUUGAAGUUCCCGAAUCUGGUGACGGAUUCAAUUACGGGUUCAAGUUGCGCGACAAAUCGGAAAAGGAAGAGGAGCCAGAAAUUAAAGGCGAUCCAAUUCCUGAAGACGCCUAUUUAAUGGUCUCGCAAUUACACUGGGAAGAUGAAGUUGUGUGGGAUGGUAAUGACAUCAAGCACAAAGUGAUGCAAAAAUUGAAUUCGAAAACAAAUGCAGCUGGAUGGCUGCCAAGUUCUGGCUCACGUACAGCUGGCGCUUUCAGUCAACCAGGUAAAGGAAUGCCGAAUACACCUAUUGCAUCCGGAGCCAAGCUAUCAUUACCUAAUCCACCAAUAACAGGGAAAAUCAAUAAAACUCAAUUGAUGCUACAGAAGCAAGACGAAACAGAUGACACUUGGUACAGUAUUUUCCCGGUAGAAAAUGAAGAACUUGUGUACAGUAAAUGGGAAGAUGAAGUUAUUUGGGAUGCUGAAUCAAUGGUUAAAAUACCUCGACCGAAAGUGCUGACACUAGAUCCCAAUGAUGAAAACAUAAUAUUGGGCAUUCCUGAUGAUAUUGAUCCGUCCAAAGUCAUUAAAAAUACCAGACCACCUCCAAAGGUUAAAAUACCUCAUCCGCACGUUAAAAAGUCGAAAAUUUUAUUGGGGAAAGCUGGUGUCAUCAACGUGUUGGCAGAAGAUACCCCACCACCACCACCGAAAAGUCCUGACCGAGAUCCAUUUAACAUUUCGAACGAUCUGUUCUACAUGGCAAAGUCCAGCGAAAGUACAAUGCGACUGAAAGUUGGCGGUGGCAAUUUAAUUCAACACUCGACGCCAGUGGUCGAACUUAGAGCACCGUUCAUACCAACACACAUGGGACCAAUGAAAUUACGAGGUUUCCAUCGACCUCCGAUGAAAAAAUAUUCUCAUGGCUCGGUAGCUGGAACGGAAGCUCAUCCGGUGAAUCCACUGCUUAAGCAUAUCAAAAAGAAGGCCAAACAACGAGAGCUUGAACGAAUUGCGUCUGGUGGUGGCGACGUAUUUUUCAUGCGAAAUCCAGACGAUUUGACUGGCAGAGAUGGUGAAAUAAUUCUGGUAGAAUUCUGCGAGGAACAUCCGCCACUCAUGAACCAAGUGGGCAUGUGCUCUAAAAUUAAAAACUACUACAAAAGGAAGGCAUCGAAGGAUUCUGGUCCGCCUGAAUAUCGAUACGGUGAAAUUGCGUACGCACACACUAGUCCGUUUCUGGGAAUAUUGCAACCAGGCCACUGUAUACAAGCGGUCGAGAAUAAUAUGUAUCGAACACCGAUCUACCCUCACAACCCUUCCCCAACUGACUUUUUGCUGAUACGCACACGAAACAGUUACUACAUCCGAGAAGUUGACGCUCUCUUCACAGCUGGUCAAGAAUGUCCGCUGUACGAAGUGCCUGGACCCAAUUCAAAGCGAGCAAAUAACUUUGUGCGAGAUUUCCUGCAAGUGUUCAUUUAUCGUCUUUUUUGGAAAAGUCGUGACGGUCCACGCCGUAUACGUAUGGAUGACAUCAAAAAAGCAUUUCCGGGUCACUCGGAGAGUAGUAUAAGAAAACGAUUGAAACAAUGUGCCGAUUUCAAGCGAACCGGCAUGGAUUCGAAUUGGUGGGUCAUUAAACCGGAAUUUCGAUUGCCAUCAGAAGAAGAAAUCCGAGCGAUGGUCUCACCGGAACAGUGCUGCGCUUAUUUCAGUAUGAUUGCGGCCGAACAAAGACUUAAAGAUGCUGGCUAUGGUGAGAAAUUCAUAUUCGCACCACAGGACGAUGACGAUGAAGAAAUGCAACUGAAAAUGGACGAUGAAGUAAAGGUAGCCCCUUGGAAUACAACUCGAGCGUACAUUCAAGCAAUGCGAGGGAAGUGUUUGCUGCAAUUGACUGGUCCAGCUGAUCCUACAGGUUGUGGAGAAGGUUUUUCGUACGUUCGCAUACCGAAUAAGCCAACACAAACGAAAGAAGAACAGGAGUCUCAACCGAAACGAACUGUAACUGGUACGGAUGCUGAUUUGCGAAGGCUAUCGUUAAAUAAUGCCAAAGCGUUGCUCAGAAAGUUUCAAGUUCCCGAAGAGGAAAUCAAGAAAUUGUCAAGAUGGGAGGUUAUCGAUGUCGUUCGGACAUUGUCCACUGAAAAAGCGAAAGCCGGCGAAGAGGGAAUGGAUAAAUUCUCUCGUGGUAAUCGCUUUUCCAUAGCUGAACAUCAGGAGCGCUACAAGGAGGAAUGUCAACGUAUUUUUGAUUUACAAAAUCGUGUGCUGGCAAGUGCUGAAGUACUUUCAACCGAUGAAGGUGAAUCGACAGCAUCUGAAGAAUCGGAUCUGGAGGAACUGGGAAAAAAUUUGGAAAACAUGCUAGCCAAUAAGAAAACUUCGAUUCAAUUGUCAUUGGAACGUGAGGAACAAGAGCGACAGGAACUGUUAAAGAAAAUAAUGGAAGAAAGAGAAGGAGCUCCAAAGAAUUCAAAGAAGAAGGAAGACGAUGCACAGGCUAUACCAAGCCAUUUGCAACCGGGCAGAAUUUUGAAAAUUACACGAACAUUUAAGAAUAACGAAGGCAAAGAAUACACACGAGUGGAAAUCGUUCGACGACCACAAGUCAUAGACGCGUACGUUAAAAUAAGGAAUACAAAGGAUGAAGCUUUCAUUCGUCAAUUUGCUACCCUUGAUGAGGCUCAAAAAGAGGAAAUGAAGCGCGAGAAACGUCGUAUUCAAGAGCAACUACGUCGAAUUAAACGGAAUCAAGAGAAAACGGUGCAGAGCAAUACCACUAAUUUGCUAACAACGAGUCAUUCGAUGAGUCUGCUCGACCCGCCGGGUACAUCGAAAAGCAGUUCAUCGACUCCUCGCGAGCCUAGUACACCGACUGCUAACAAGGAAAUCAGUCCAUCGAGGAGAAAGAUCAAAUUGAAGCCCGACCUUAAACUGAAAUGUGGCGCUUGUGGUAAUGUUGGUCAUAUGCGAACAAACAAAGCGUGUCCGCUUUAUACUGGAACUAUGCCAACACCAUCGCUUACCGUUGCACUGACCGAAGAGCAAGAAGAAGAGAUUGAAAAAGAACUGAAUGCUGACGAUGAAGAUCUGGUUAACGUCGACGGAACGAAAGUGAAAUUGAGCGGUAAACUGCUGAAACGUCACGAAGAUGUUAAGCGCAGAACGCUACUGCUGAAAGUGCCAAAGGAUGCUGUUGGACGCAAACGACGCCGUGUCGGUUCAGAUAUUCAUUGCGACUACUUGAAGAAGCACAACAAACCGGUCAAUCGUCAACGUACCGAUCCAGUUGUUGUCAUGUCUUCGAUAUUGGAACAAAUUUUGAAUGAAAUGCGAGACAUGCCCGAUGUUCAACCCUUCCUAUUUCCCGUUAAUGCAAAGUUGGUGCCUGAUUACUAUCGAAUCGUACAGCGUCCCAUGGACUUGCAAAGCAUUCGCGAAAAUCUACGACAGCGAAAGUAUCAGAACAGAGAAGAAUUUUUGGCUGAUGUGAAUCAAAUCGUUGAAAAUUCAAAUGUGUACAAUGGUACGAAGAGCUCUUUCACCGUGGCUGCUCAACGAAUGCUACAGAAAUGCGUUGAUCGUUUAGCUGAGAAGGAAGAUCGUUUGAUGCGAUUGGAAAAAGCCAUUAAUCCGCUGUUGGACGAUGACGAUCAAGUGGCUUUGUCGUUUAUAUUCGAGAAAUUAAUCAGCAGCAAAUUGAAGGUGAUGCCGGAGAGUUGGCCGUUCUUAAAGCCUGUUAAUAAGAAACAGGUCAAAGACUACUACACGGUGAUUAGGAGACCAAUGGAUUUGGAGACCAUAACUAAGAAAGUAGCUGCUCAUAAGUACCACACUCGAAACGAGUUCAUUGCUGACAUUGAACUUAUUGCGAACAACUGUGAACAGUACAAUGGAAACGAGUCAAAUUUCACGAAACAGGCUAGGUUAAUGGUCGAUUUCACCAAACAAGCGUUGGAUGAGUUCGGCGACCAUUGUGCACAUUUGGAACGUAAUAUUGCCUUGGUGCAAGAACGAGCCAAAAACGAUGCUGAUCUUGAUGACACAUGGGUCGACGAUGAGCGUGAGCACGAAGACUUACAGCGUCAACUGUCCAGUAGAAACAGCUCCCCGGACAACGAUUUUGUCGAUGUUGAAGGCACCGAGCGACCUCAUUCGUCCGCAUCUGCCUCAUCGCAGAAAUUCGAUGGGCCGUCGGUCAUACCGGCAUUGCCAGAAAUUAAAAGAGGUCGUGGUCGACCGCGUAAAAAUCGUGAUAAUUUGGAAGAAGCUAAAAUGUGGAGCAUGAAACGUGGUCGAGGUCGUCCAAGAAAAGACAGCCUUUAUUCAAAUUUCAGUAAUACACAAAAUUCCUAUUUGGAAGAUUUGCAAUGCUCAACUGACGACGAAGAGUUCGAAGAAGUUGAGGCCACUUUCGAUACCACUGCUGCCGUGCUGGGACAAGGCGAAGCUCUAGCACGAAGCGCUCAGCCGAUCAAUUAUCUACCGGGCGGUCAUGGAGAAGAUGAAAGUCAGCAGGCGGCUGAAGCCAUGGUACAAUUGAGUAGUUCUGGCUUCUACAAUCAACAAGAUGAGUCGUUGGAUGUUGAUCCGAACUACGAUCCGUCGGACUUCUUGAAAUUGCCUGCAAGUCGUCAAGACAACCAUGGUAACCAUCAAGAUAUGGGAAUGGUUAAACAGGAAAUGCAUCAAGAAAUGCAACAAUAUGACAUGCAGCAAGAAGAAAUUCAGCAACACGAAUACGAGCAGCAAGAGUAUCAGCAACAAGACUAUCAACAAAUGGAUGAUGUUAAUAUGGAGGACAUGUAUCAACAGCCCCAACAACAACAGCAACAUUUGCAGUAUCAAUUACCACAAGACUACCAACAACAAAACGAUAUGAUGCAGCAGCAUCAACGACAAGAUUUGAUGCAAAUGACCGAGAAUAUGUUGAAUUUCCACAAUAAUGAUGGGAAUAAUCAGCAACAUCCUCAAGAGGACAUCGGAGUUGGCAUUGAUGAUGAUUUGGCAAUUUCGGACAGUGAUGAGGGUGAAGAGAAUUACGAAAUGCCCAUGAUUACGAAAGAAGAGGAAGUGAUGGAGAAUGAUAAUGAAAAUGAAGACGAUGGAGAUGGAUUAUGGUUCUAAGUAAAUAUUGGAUUUCACACAAAAUGAAAAGUGAAAAAAAAAUUAAAUUUUAGUUUUUCAAGGAAAUGUUUGUUAUCAAAAUACAUCGAGUUUUUCAAAAUAAAGAAAUUAAUUGAAAA